CUAGUUAUGAGUAAAGUUUUUGCAAAAAAUAAAACCGUGCAACAGGCACACGCAUGACUGACGAGUUCUGCCCGACACAAUAUGAUAAUGCGACAACAUCAUCACGGGACUCGAUGAGCGUAUGUAUGGGUGGGAGAAUUCAAGACAGUUCAGACGAGUCUGUGGAUGAAAGUGAUCUGCAGUACGCUGUCGCUAUGCAUAGUACUGUAGCGCGCACAACUGUCAGCGGACUAGAAUUACUCAUGCUAUAUUUAGAAGCUGAAAUACACAGAGCGCGCGCACGAAUUCGAGAAUAUGGCAUCAGAAUUCGUCGUUUCUUCCGCGAAGGCAUACAUAUCGACUAUCGCGGGAUUGCACGACGGUUCGUCAAUCUCAGCGAAAUGCGAGUGCCUGCCGAUCAGCUUUCCGAUCUCGACGAAGACGAAGCUAUGAUAUUUAAUGCUGUGCCGCUGAGGUCGCGUUGGAAACCGCCAAAAUAUACUUUCAAUGAUAUCGCGAUUGUACUUACUACUGACGAAGAGGUGGAAGAAGGAGUCGUUCAUGCGUAUACAAUACGAUCACCUGCGUGGUCUUGCUUACCUCCUCCCUUAGCGCCUUGCAAACGCGACAGUGAAGUAGGAGAUUUCCAGUUUCUAAAUCGACCCCUCAAAAUGAGCAUUGCGGACGAUGACGAUGAACGACUGUCCUUGCCUAGCACGAUGGUCACCGACCAGGAUUUGAAAAUCCAAUCGUUGGAAGCUCAGUUGGCUAUGUUGUCGAGGCAGAUGCAGUCACUUCUGAGUGGAAAGCCUCCUGCUGCUCGUCCCCAAGACAUCUCCCCGGCUCUUUCAGACGAUGAGGGGAAGGGAACAUCAUUGUGCAGUCCUGAUGACACCGUAAAGGUGCUAGUUCCACCAGAACAUCAGCAAAUGCCUGCACUUCCUAAGAUUUGCCCGCCUAGUGGGCCACCUCCUCCUCCGCCGCCUCCACCAUCACUAUUGUCGACUAGAAGUGUAUCGGCUCCAGCAAUACCAAGUCCUGCUAAGCGCACUGUGUUGCAAAUGUUGAAUAAGUCUGCACAAGGUGACAACGAAGCUUUGCCAGUACGGCCAAGUGUGUUCGACUUAUCGAAUGUUCAACUGAAGAAAACUAACACAGCAAGGUCACCCGGUGGAACACCCGUAGUGCGAAAAGUGCGAGCUCAAGCCGGUGCAGAUGAGGGUAAUUACCUGGCGAAUGCACUUCGUGAGAAAUUUCGAUCUGUACAAGAGACGCUUUCGGAGCAUGAAGACGAUGUGAAUAACUCGAGCUGGUUGGAUGAUGAAGCCGAUUUUUAGUUAUUUGUGGUACUAUCUAUAGAUCUGAUAUUUUAACUAUUUCUGUAGAAGGGAAUACUUCUGUAUGCUGAGGCGGCUUGUUGUGAUCUUUGACUGUUCUUUGAUGGUGCUACUUACGCUUCUUUGCUUCAUUUACAAAGUAUAUCAUUGGCCCAGAGCUUACUGCCUUAGACUUUCUUCUCUGAUCUUUCGAAGCAUUAUUUUAAUAAAUAUAUACGGGAUUAUGCGUUUGUAUAUAUCGUGACAAUCGCCAUUCCUCAGAUUGUGUUCAUCCGUGAUUGAAGUAUUAGAUAAUUUCGCGUUUUCUAACGAUUAUUAAUUAAAUAAAUUAUGUUAGUACUAAACAUUUUG